AUGUCUUCGUCGUCUUCCUUUGAUAUGCCUUCAACGUGCCCUGAGGAGACAGAAGAUUCUCGUAGCUGGGCUGGAGACUUUGACCCAUUAGGCGACGAAGGCGAACGCAAGGUUGUCUUCUCAGCCUUCGAUUCAUUCAGGCAAUACCGGAGAAGCGCACACUUGAACACCACUCACCGGCGGCGCCAGGCGUUCUACGCUCUACCAACAAAACACUGGCAGAUGCUUGCAGAGCCGCCCUUCUCAUUACUGGACAAUUUCAACAAAGUUGACGAUGCUAUUGACGUGAAUGCCGAUAUCGCAGACGCCAUCGUUGCGGUCGGGCUGAAGUCAUUCGGUCUCCCUGCGAGACCUGAUCCGUCAGAUCCGCAGAAUUGGCAUGGCGUUGCGAACUCUGCUGAUGUCAACAAGGCUCAUUCCACGAUCAGGCAGUUCUACCGAGACUGGAGUACAGAGGGCCAAGCUGAGCGGGAUGCAUGCUAUGGCCCCGUGCUGAGGGAUUUGGACCGUGAAUUCCCUGAUAAAUUGCAACGGGGCGAGUUUGUCAAGGUGCUUGUUCCUGGAGCUGGGCUGGGGAGAUUAGUGUUUGAGCUUGCUUUGGCUGGGUUUUCUGCUGAAGGCAAUGAGAUCUCCUAUCACCAGUUGUUAGCGAGCAGUUGGGUCUUGAACCAUACUAGAGGCCCGCGGUGCCAUGAGCUGUACCCAUUCGCGCUGCAUUUUUCGAAUAUACUAUCAAGGGAGCAACAACUGCGCAAAGUUAUGAUUCCGGAUGUUCAUCCUGGUACUGCAAUGCUGGAGGCGCAAGCUAGUGGAGAAACGCCAUUUGGAACCAUGAGCAUGUCUGCGGCCGACUUUGUGGUUUUGUAUAGCAGCCCGUCUCAGAAGGAUGCCUUUGACGCCGUUGCGACUGUUUUUUUCAUCGACACUGCCCCAAACCUCAUCCGCUACAUUGAGGCCAUCCGAAACUGCCUGAAGCCGAACGGAAUCUGGAUCAACGUCGGUCCUCUCCUCUGGCAUUUCGAGGACGGACAUCAGCGCACCAACAGUGGAGGCGGCAGCUCCAGCAAGGAUGAAGAACAGAAUCAGGGCAUUGGAGAGCCUGGGAACGUGGAGCUGACCGAGGAGGAGGUUUUCCUUCUCAUUGAACGCAUGGGUUUCGAGAUCGAGCAACGCGAGUCUCCCGACGAACGGGUGGAAUGUGGCUACAUCCAAGACCCGGACAGCAUGCUUCGACCACUAUACCGACCAUCGCAUUGGAUUGCGCGAAAGAGCUUGGACUAG